GAGGGACUGUGACGUCACGUCGAACUCCAACCCGUCAGACGGCUGAGUGAGCGAGAAAGAGAGAAAGAGAGAGAGAGAGACUGGCUUGGCUGGCUAACUGACUGAGAGAGCGCAAACGGAUUGGAGCUAAUCUGUGAUUGACACACUGCAUGAUGCGUGAAUACAAGUUAGUAGUCCUCGGCUCUGGAGGUGUCGGCAAGUCUGCACUGACUGUUCAGUUUGUUCAGGGGAUCUUUGUGGAGAAGUAUGACCCCACAAUAGAAGACUCGUAUAGAAAGCAAGUAGAGGUGGAUGGCCAGCAGUGUAUGUUGGAGAUCCUGGACACUGCAGGAACGGAACAAUUCACAGCCAUGAGGGACCUUUACAUGAAGAACGGCCAGGGCUUCGCACUAGUAUACUCCAUAACUGCACAGUCCACGUUCAAUGACCUGCAGGACUUGAGAGAACAGAUCCUGCGAGUUAAAGACACCGAUGAUGUGCCGAUGAUCCUGGUGGGGAAUAAGUGUGAUCUGGAGGAUGAGAGAGUGGUGGGAAAGGAGCAGGGACAGAACCUGGCCCGCCAGUGGAACAGCUGUGCCUUCCUCGAGUCCUCCGCAAAGUCCAAGAUUAACGUCAAUGAGAUCUUCUAUGACCUGGUCCGGCAAAUCAACAGGAAAACCCCGGUACCUGGGAAGGCACGCAAAAAGUCCAACUGUCAGCUGCUCUAAUACACAGCUGUUCUGUUGCUCUGAGCCAGGUCUGAUUUGCUGCUGUGUCUGUCAGCAGUGCCAGCAUUCCGACGUUACUAAAACCUAACAUCGAAUGGACUUUCCUGUGUGGUGAUGCCCCUUUAAAAACAAACAAAAAAAUCAACAAAAAAAAAAAACAACCGACAGAUUCAAGGCUACAGUAUAAUAUUUUUUGCACAUAGAUAACCAUCAACACUUUCCAGAGUUGCAAGAAAGAUUUUUACUUAUAAAUAUAUAAAUAUAUAUUCUAACUGUAUGCAACUAAAAUAGACCAAUAAUUGUGUGGAUACAUGAAUAAAGUCCUAAAAGAAUUUUAAAAAUGCAGAGCCUACACACAGUGUUAUUGCUAACGGAGUCAGCCACCGUUGGAAAAGUAAGGAGCGUGUGUUGAACCUGACUGUGCACGUUGCCAUGGCAAUUACAAUGAUGCGAUAUUUAUAAGCACCACUAUUUUAGCCAGAGAUGAGAGGAAGUCCAAAGACACCUAUAUAGUCCAUUUCGUACAGCUAACUUUGCUCCUUGAUUUCUGUGCAUUUCUUUCUGUAGAUUUUGUCUUUUUGUAACAUUUUUUUUGUUUUGUUUUGGUUUUUUCAUCCUAAUUUUCCUCCUUCCUGCAUUUUCUCUUUUUAAAAGUUUUUGCUCUGCCAAAAUGGUAUAUCACAUGAACUAUUGAUGAGUUUUAUCUUUAGGAAAAACCUGUGGAUACAUGUAUGUGUAAAAAUUAAAAAAUAUAAUGAUUUCUGUCACUA